GCAAUCGAGCGAGCAGGAGCAGCAGUUAUUGCAGGCGAGUAAUAUAUUCAUUCGCCACCCCCUGCUGCAUUGCACUGCACGUCCCAAGCUACGCCGAUCGCACAUGCAUGGCGGGGCGACCGGAUUGGCGGUUGCCUUCUCCGCUGCGAGCGCGAGAUCGUGGUGCAGUCUAGUGGCGUUGUGGUGUGAGGAGGUGGAGCUUGCAGAGGGUGGAGGUCAUGGGCAGGGCGGGUAGGUGGCUGCGAAGCUUCUUGCCGAGCAGAAAGGACAGGGCGAGGGCGGCGCCGGCGCCGGAGACGGAGACGGGGCAUGUGGUGGCGGCGGCGGUGACGUCGACGCCGGCGUCGACGCCUGGGGCGAAGGAGAAGAGGAGGUGGAGCUUCCGGAGGCCGGCGGUGAAGGAUGCUGCGGGCAAUGGGCAUGGGCAGCUCGGGUUCUUGGAGCCGCGGAUAGACCCCGACCAGCACGCCGUCGCGGUGGCUAUAGCCACGGCGGCGGCGGCCGAGGCUGCCGUGGCGGCCAAGCAGGCGGCCGCCGCCGCCUUCCGGCUGGCCGGGUCGAAGCGGGCCGUCGUCGUCGGCAUUGAGGAGGCGGCGGCGAUCAAGAUCCAGUGCGUCUUCAGGUCCUACCUGGCGAGGAAGGCGCUGUGCGCGCUGAGGGGGCUCGUGAAGCUUCAGGCGCUGGUGCGCGGCCACCUCGUGCGGCGGCAGGCCAGCAACACGCUGCGCUGCAUGCAGGCGCUCGUCGCCGCCCAGCACCGCGCGCGCGCGGCGCGGCUCCGCCUCCUCGACGACGACAAGGAGAAGCCCCUCCGCACUCCGAGGAUGACGCCCACCCGCCGCUCGCCGCACCACCCACGCUUCCGCCAGCAACAACUGGUACGGCACGAAGCGUUGUGUGUUAAAGCUUGGACGGGGCUAACCAUGGCGUGCGAAAUGCAGGAGGUUGAGGAGAACGUGAAGAUCGUGGAGGUGGACACCGGCUACGGCGGCGGCGAGGCGCACUGCACGCCGAGGACGUCGCGGCGGAGCAGCUGCUACGCGACGCCGCUGUGCCGCACGCCGUCCAAGGUGGAGCUGUACCAGAAGGUGUCGCCGACGCCGUCGGCGCUGACGGACGCGAGCGCGCGGACGUACAGCGGCCGGUACGAGGACUUCUCCUUCUCCACGGCGCGGAACAGCCCGUGGCACCACUUCGCCUCCGACGCGCCGUGCAAGCCGCCGCCGCCGCCGCACCAGCACGAGAGCCAAGGCGGCGCCGGCGACCACCCGCUCUUCUUCCCCAACUACAUGGCCAACACGGAGUCGUCGCGCGCCAAGGCGCGGUCGCAGAGCGCGCCGCGGCAGCGCGCGUCGGUGUCGUCGGCCAGCGAGGUGUCGUGGGAGAGGCAGCCGAGCGGCCGGCGCCGGGCGUCGCUCGAGGGCCAGGGCCACGCCUCCGCGCGCUCGCUGGCGGCGUUGCCCAAGUGCGGUGCCUCCGCCGCCGCCGCCAUGGCGCGCGUCCAGCGGUGCCCGUCGCAGGUGAGCGCGCCGGCGUCGUGCCCGUGGGGCUCGAGGCUGCUGGACCCGUCGAGCGCGUCCCUCCACGACAGCGAGUGCGGGUCGACGAGCACCGUGCUGACCGCCGCCACCACCACCUACUGCUGGUCGCUGGCCACCGACAACGCCGCCAUCGCGUGAUGCUUUGCUUGCUACUGAACCUGCACUUUCUGCCACUGACGUUGCUUGCUACAGUAGAAGAAACUGAAACUGAAGCUGAAACUGAAUUUUCUCUGUUGCUUCUACCUCUUAUCUCUUUCUGUGUGCAAUCUUUCUAGGGAUCAGAUGACACAUUGGAGUUUGUAUUUUUGCCAAGGAAACAUAGCUAGCAUCGACGUUCUCAUGUGUUUUUGUACUGUGUUUUCAGCUGUACUAAGCCUGUAAUCGUCGCGUGAUGUCGUCCUAAUCUGUCAGGUUCUUGUCACUGCAGACUGAACUGAUGAAACCAGCAAGAUGGAAGUAUCAUCAGUGUCUUUGUUGCUGCUGCUGAGUCUGCAGCAUUUUUUUUGUUAACAAUUGGGAGUGUACUUCUCAUACGGAUGCAUUGGGGGGACUCUCUAAUCUGUAUUAACAAUCCACGAUCCUUUUUGGACUCGAGUGACGAGCA